UAUAAUAAAUUUAAAGUAAUGAGGAGCCCCUUAGAAAAGUGUGAUUUCCUACAAAUGGCCAAGAUCCAAGGCACCUGUAAUGAAUUCUGCCCCAAUGCCGAGAUAAAAAUGCGGGUGCGCGAGAGAAUGCUUCACUUUUUUGAGCUCAAGAAUGGACAAAAAAACGUGCCCGGGAUCCUGGUCAAAGAAUUCACCCGCUCUGCCGCUGACGUCAAAAUGCCCAAGGGCGAGGAUAUGCGCACGAUGGAAUGUUUGACUCGGACUGUUGAGUAUCUCCUAAAAGAAAUUGUAAUGGAUAACCGAAUGCCCUACCGCAUGGCAUAUGAUUUCAUUUUCGAUCGCCUGCGUGCCGUGCGCCGCGAGAUUGUCAUCCAGAUGUUUGAUGCCCAACAGACUGCAAAGCUCCUGGAGCCAAUUGUGAUGUUUCUGGCCUACAGCAGAUACCGUCUGUGUGACGAACCAAUUGAACUGUUCGAUGCAAAGAUAUGCGACCAACAUCUCCAGGAUUGUCUUACUGGAGUGCUCCGCUGCUAUAAGACUCUUGACGAAGAUGAAUCGAAAAGCCGUCAUACAAUUCGUGAUAUUCAACGACGGUGUUUCAUCGAGUCUGUGUAUCAAGUGUUCAAUUUGGGCUGCCCGGAAUCCAUGGAGCGGGCCCUUACCCUGCCGGACCAUGUUCGCCAGGAUCCAACGUUUAAGAUCUGCUUUCAGAUGAGCCUUUUCUAUCAUCAAGGGAAUCUUUACCGCGUCCUAAUGGGAUUGCCCAAACUGCCCCACAUACUCUGUGCCUUGGCCGCCACGAAGUUACAGACGAUGAGACGACGGGUUCUUCAAAUGUUUACGCAUGCCUAUAACAAGCAGUUCGAUGUCCCGGGCUCUUACUUGUUGCGUGUGAUGCUAAUCGACUCGCCAACGCAUUUGAAACAGCAGUGCGGGCAUUACGGCCUGGAAGUAAGCAAGGAGUUCGAGCGCGUGCCGGUGCUUUGUAGCAGGUCAAUUGUGCAGACACCCAGCCAAACAAAAGUGCUGCAUAUACCCGGAGCUGGCAGUGUCCCCAAGGCGGUGCGAUUUAAUAAGUCUGAUUUUAUAAACUCUGCUGAGACAAUUAAGGAGCAGCAUGAACCGUUCGUUGAUUCCAAACUAAAACUAGUUUAUUUGCCAGAAGUUUUACUUCUUAAAAAAUUUGUUUGAGCGCAUAGUGGGUCUGGGUCUGAUCUACUAUACUUACUAUAAAAUGAUUUUAUAAGUUUAUUUUGAAAUGUGGAUUUAAAUUAGUGUGGCAGCCCUGCCAAUAGAAUACAUCGUUAUCGAUAGUCAGAAUGCAAAUAU